AUCGUAUAAUAUUCGUAUCCGUCACACCGUCAGUCCGCCACAGUCGUCGAUCCGCGACCGUUCGAUAGCGCUCGCGCGUCUCUCUUGCUACUCCGCGCCGUGUCUCAGUGGUUCGCGUUAUCGUAGUUUUAUCCACCGGCUACAGGAAUAUUAUGUAUUGAUAAAACGAACAUUCGUAACGUAAAUUAUUUAUAAUUAUUAUUAUUAUUAUUGAAAAUUUUUUUUCAUUAUUUUAUACGGUUUGUGUACACAUGAAUUAUUAUAUCACAUUUAUUAUUACCUCCUCUAUUAAUCGUGUCGUGUGAUAAUUAAUUUUAUACCUAUAAAUAUUACUCAUUUAUUAAAAGUGCGUUUUUAUCGUCUACCACGGGUGUUGUUCGUCGCCCGCGUCUAAAUAUUAUUAUCGUUGUUGUUGUUAUUAUCAUUAUCAAUAAUAAUAAUAACCGACCGUGUGCGCGUCGUCACUGAAUUUCGCCAAAGUGUGUUCUCUGCGAUGUGUUGCGUUCCACGUACUCGCGUUCCGGAAAACGUCUAAGUCCUAAGUCGGCGGGAUAUUCGCCGCGUGUUCCGAGAAUAAAACGAAAUAUCAUUUUCGCGCACACAAGUGUCGCGUCCGCCGUUAUCAGUGCGCUGUGCGUCGACGACGACGACCAUGCGGUACCGGUGGUGUCUGUAUUGCAUUGUAUGCAUCAUCACAUUCGUCGUUACAAACGUGGAUUGCAACGGCGUAUUCGAGCUGCGGAUAAAAUCGUUCAGCAACGAGCUGGGCCGAGAAGCUUCUGGCUCGUGCUGCGGCGGCGUGUGCGGCACGCCGUGCAGGACCAAGUUCCGAGCUUGCCUAAAACACUACGAGACCAACAUAAACGUGAAUUCAACGUGCACGUUCGGUGACGUCGUCACGCCUGUGCUUGGCGAGAACAGCCUGACGCUCCCGGCCAACGCCACACCGAUAGCGUUCCACUUCAAUUUCACAUGGCCGGGUACGUUCUCACUCAUCGUGGAAGCGUGGCACGAACCGUCGUCUGCAAGAAAUUCAGGAACGACCAACGGUUCGGCGCUGAUCACGCGGAUCACGGACCAACGGUUCCUGAAACUCAGCGACGGAUGGGUGCAACAGGAAUACGCCGGAUCGACCGGCGGCGUCCGAUCUCGACUCGUGUACGAGCACAGGGUCCGGUGUGAGGAUAACUAUCACGGCGAUGGGUGCGCGAAAUUCUGUCGGCCCAGGGACGACAACUUCGGACAUUACCUGUGCUCGGACGACGGUGACAUGAUAUGCAUGCCCGGCUGGACUGGUAGCUAUUGCAGCAAAGCGAUCUGCGCACCUGGCUGCGACGAGAAAAAAGGAACGUGCAUGACUCCGGGAACCUGCCAAUGUCACGCGGGCUGGACAGGAGCCAGAUGCGACCAGUGUCAGAUAUAUCCGGGUUGCGUAAACGGCUAUUGCCAAAAACCCUGGCAGUGUCUGUGCAAAGAAGGAUGGGGUGGUAUGUUUUGCAACCAGGACCUGAACUACUGCACCAACCACGCACCGUGCAAAAAUGGAGGCACGUGCUUCAACACUGGCCAGGGCCUGUACACGUGCGCAUGCGCCCCCGGAUAUACGGGGCCCGAGUGCAACGUCGACAUGGGACUGACCAACAAACCAGGAAUGGACUGUUCCACUGGACUGACGUGCCUCAACGGCGGUACGUGCAAGAAAACCGGAUCCGUCUCUAGCUGCACGUGUCCCAGCCAAUGGAAGGGUAUCAGAUGCGAGACGUCCACGCAGCCGGCCUGCGCAAGUUCGCCGUGCGGGAACGGAGGCACUUGCGUCAACGCCGCCAAGACCAACAACGGAACCGGAACCGGCGGCAACAACAACGGGUACGUGUGCCAUUGCCCGAUCGGAUUUUCCGGACCGACCUGCCACCAGACGACCAACCACUGUCAACCGGACCCGUGUCGGAACGGGGCCACGUGCGUGCCGAGCAAAGACAGUUCCAGUUACACUUGCAAGUGCGCACCCGGGUUCGCGGGGGCCCACUGCCACCUGCCCGACCACUGCCAGAAGAACCCUUGCCUGAACGGCGGUACGUGCCAGGCGCAGGCCGACGGUUUCCGGUGCCAAUGCGUGCCCGGGUACGUCGGCGACCUGUGUCUGAGCGUGGUGGACUACUGCGUGGCCAAGCCGUGCGCCAACGGUGGCACAUGCGAGAACCUGAAGAACGACUUCCGGUGUGGGUGCCGGCCCGGGUUCGGCGGCAAGGACUGCAGCCGGUACGUCAACGAAUGCGUACUAUCGUCGCCGUGCGCGAACGGUGGCACAUGCGUGACCACCGGCGGCAGUGACGGCGGCUUCAGGUGCGAGUGUCCCGUUGGUUACACGGGCGCCAACUGCACCGACGAGCGGCCGACCACGCUGGGCGACAGGUCCAAGCACGUGUCCGCGGUGGUACAGGAACAGCCCGAGAUGGUGCAAGCGUCCGUCAACGGCGUGCUCAUGGUGGUGCUGUCCGUGUCCGUGCCUGUGGCCGUGUUGGCCGCCAUCGCGGUGGUGUUGUGCAUGAAGAACCGCCGGCGCCGCGACCAGAAGAAGGCCGACGAUAACGCGAGAAUGCAAAAUGAACAGAACUCGAUACACAGCGUGGCCAAGCUGGGCGACCCGCACGUCAUCAGAAACUCGUGGGACCCGCUGCCGGCCGCGGCCCGGGAGAACGUGUACUCGGAACCGCUGUGCUUUGCCGCGCCCAACAAGUUGCAGCAGCCGUCGCUGACGCCGGCCCAGUCGUCGUCGUCACUGCAGAGGCAGAAGCUGCUCAACACCGACAGACAAAACCGGAUGUCGUUCAAGGAACAAGACGCCAUAAACGCGUUGGACCGCAGGAUAUCUGUCAUAUCGGUCGAUUCGGCCGCCAACCAAUGCAACAACACAAAUAACGAGGUAUCGCCUGUCAAAGCUCACCACUAUCAUCGCAACAUACACCAGCAGCUUCAGUACGAAAGAGCGGCCGUGAAAUCGAUGAUUUUAGACCAACACUCUUUCGCCACACAAGUUUAGACUGUUUAUUAAGUUAUAUAUAUUAUAUAUAUAUAAAUAUUUUUUUUUUUUUGUAAGUAGACCUCUUGAUGAAUCUGUCAGUCCAUUUUUUUUGACCCUCUCAAUUUGUAUACACACACACCACACACACACACACACACAAACAUUCGAAAAUGACUGGCUUACGCCGUAAUAUUACGAUUAGACUACAUUUACAUAUUAUUAAUAUAUCUAUUUCUCUAACACCCUCAUCUAAUCCCGCCCUACCCUACUAACAUCAUCAUAUUGUAUAACUAUUAUUCCCUCUCCGUUAAAAGAAAAAAAAACCCGUAAAAACGUCGACAACUGAAAAAAAAAAAGAAAUGUAUUCUAA